ACGAGAUAUGAAAUAAACAAGCAUGCAUUUUCGCGCAUCCAUAACUUGCACGAGCUCAUGUGCAUGCAUGAUGCGCAUGAGAUAAUGCACUCGGUUCGGUGGCAUGCCUGGACUUACCGUGAAGAUUUUGAUCCGAGAGUUGUAAUCGUUUCACUAUUUAAAGACGAUUUUGUGAGAAAGGCAAGCUCUAGUAUUUUGACAUCAUGACAAGCCCACUUGUUCUUCUUCUUGGCGAAGUACUCCUCAAUAAACAACGUGAGAAGGUGGACGUGUCGUCGUUGGCCGGGGAGGGGAGAGUCAUCGGCCUGUAUUUCGCGGCGCACUGGUGCGCCCCGUGCCGGGAGUACACGCCGAUCUUGAGCAACUUCUACAACAGUUUCAACAGUGAACACGGGCAAGGGGGUGGGAAAAGACUUGAAGUUGUCUUUGUGAGUUCAGAUAAGACAGAGCAACACUGCGAUGAGCACUUCAUGCAACACAUGCCCUGGCUGUUGCUUCCUUUUUCAGAAAGACAUGUCAAGAACAAACUGUGCAAGAGGUUCAAAGUGACGGGCAUCCCAACAUUAGUCCUCAUUAACAGUGUCAGUGCCCAGCUGAUAACAAAUAAUGGGCGUCUACAGAUGCUGGAUGACCUGAAAGGAGAACAUUUCCCCUGGUACCCCAAGCCUUUCAAUGAAGUGGUAGCAGGUAAACUCCUGAAGCAAGGUGACGAAGUCCAGGCAGAGAAAGAACUCAAGGGCAAAAUAGUCGGCAUUUACUUCUCAGCUCACUGGUGUCCACCAUGCAAAGCAUUCACUCGCGUCCUGACAGACAUGUACAGAAGACUGCAGGCCAGCAAGACAGAAUUUGAAUUCAUCUUCUGCAGUACUGACCGGACGAAAGAUGCCUUUGAGUCCUAUUAUAGCAACAUGCCAUGGCUGGCCUUGCCAUACAGUGACCCACGCUGCAGUGAGCUGUCUAAAAUGUUUGCAAUAUCAGGUAUACCCAGUCUAGUACUGUUGGAUGAGACAGGCAAAGUCAUCACAUUAGAAGGACGAGCCAUGACUGCUCAGGAUCCUGAAGGACUGGAUUUUCCUUGGUACCCAACACCAUUAUUGGAGCUAGAUGAUACAGCCACCACAGCCAUCAAUGAGGAGGCUUGCCUCAUUCUCUUUGCAGGUGUUGAGGGCGAUGAUGAUGUGAUUGAAGCCAAGGAGCUGCUUUUACCCAUAGCUAGGGAGUACACCGAGAAGGCGGAGGCUUCAGGCAAAGACUGUUCUCUCAGGUUCUUCAUCGGAGGAGACGAGGAGAUGGUGGACAACCUACGUGAGUUCCUUCGCAUCGAUGAGGACAGCCUUCCUCUCCUGCUGAUACUGGACAUACCUGAACAGCGCAUGUUCCGAUGUCAGGAGAGAGACAUCACCAGGGAGGUGGUACGAGACUUCAUUGAAAAAUACCUAGCCAAUCAGCUGAAAUACGAGACACUGGAAGGCCUCUGAGAAGUAGACUUGGAAAUUAAGUACUGUUCAGCACUUGCAUAUUUAAGGCUCACAAGGAAAUCUUUUAGAUGAAUUGAAUGGACCCUUUCCAGGAGAUUCCGCUUGUGUGUUGACCCUGCACUAUAGCACGUCACAACUUUGAGACAAGUUGAAGACAACCUUUUGAUCAAACGGGCAUUUAACAUACAUGUACAACAAGAACACAAGUGUUGUACAGUCCCAAUCGUGGCUUCUAUUUUCUUUGCUUGAUUAGUCCUCAAGCUGCAUUCAAGCGUGCUAGUUGCGUUGAUACAAGUAUACCCUUGAGUGCAUGCCGUGGAUAAACAAGAACAUACUCAUGAUCAGGUUGGGCUACACUCAUACAUUCGUGCAUCACCUGGUUAAUUUAGGAAGGCAGAAAGGUAUAUGUUUUCUCUUCAGCGCAAUGUGAUCCCAGAGUACUGUGCAUGCAGCUUUUCCCUUCACCCCUGAAUAUAUGAGCCUCACAUGGGAAUAAGGCAUAAGAUAAUCUUUGCAAAUAACAUCUCUGUCUACUUGUGAAACUUCAAAUUUUCAAUUUUUUUCUUCGACAUGAAUCUAGGAUCAGCCCGGAUGAGGAUGCAAGGAGGAGCUAGUAGCAAUAAGUUUGUUAUCACAAAUGCCAAGUUUGUUUUUGUGCUUGCAUUCAGUUUUACAUACCAGUUGCAAUCAAUGAGCAUCUGAUAGGCCUCCACACUGUACAGCUAAUCGUGUUGAGGGCAAAUCUUGUGGAGGGAUUUUAGAAACUAAGCCUUUAUUAGAAUGUGUACAGUAGGCAGCAUUUGGCAGGCGCAUUUUGAAAGCUCUAAAUAGUGCUGCGAUGUUAGGGAUCUCUUACCACAAGGUGUCUUAAAUCAUGCAGACAUAUGAACACACUUCACACUCAACAGGUCUGUUUGGAGACUGUUGUGUAACUGGUCAUGAUGUCUUGCUUUGAAGUUGGGCCACAUCUGUUUCUUAGUGUUAGUAAACUACAUGUAAUGAACCAGUCACACAUCGCAGUAGUCAAACAGUUGUUUUGAUGUAUCAUAUCAUAAAGUGUCCAAAAAAGGGCAAGCAGCAGUUGUUAAAAUGAGGCAUAAAUUUGGUUCAAGCUAUGUACAUAUUUGCCAUGGUUUGUGUAUGGGGCACGCUGGACUGCAUUGGCAAUGCUUGAGGUUGAUGCAUCUGUGUGCAAGGGUUUCUCUACCUACUGUAAGCAACACUUGCCUGCAGACAGCUAUCUAUAGAGAUACCAUUAUUGUGGUGGUACCACGCCUGUGUCACUUAAAGUCAAAAUACCCUCUUGCUUGGGGAGAAUUUUAGUGGGUGGGCACCACUGGUAUGUGAGCAUAGUGCCACCGCAGUAAUGGCUUUUAAUGUUUGGUGCUGCAUUAGUCUAGCAUUAAACAUGAAACGUGAUGAAGAAUUCUAGACAGUAAUAUCAUCUUCGAUAUCGUAAAUGCACAUACAAGUCCUUUUCCCAUGUUUUCCAGCACUUGGAACAGUUGUUCUUGAACUCUUUGCCCCAUUUUCUGCACUUCAGAACUUUACUUUGGAGUGUACGUUUAUCGGUCAGUCUUACCACAGUGUUCAAAAUUUGACUCUAUAUUGGACACAGUAUCUACUACAUUUUCUGUUGGUAACAAGGUUGAGCAGUCAGCAGUUAGAAUCCAUUUCCUAGGAGAUACCUUUCUAUAAUCCACUGUAUGACAAGCUGUUAUUUUAUGUCUUCAAGCCCCAACCGUGCCAAAUCCAACAAGAUUCUAUGUGAUUUGCACUAAACCUAGAGAGUUACGGAUAGCAGUGCUAUGAUUUUUUAGCAUAGUCCUGGUCAUUCUUGUAUUGUUGGGAACAGUUUCCUUUCAGUCCUGGCAGGUUAGGCCUGUAAUGACCGUGGCAACAAGCCUUUUGCGAGUUCAAUUUAUAUAAACUCUGGUACACUUUAAAUUCAUGUUAACAUAACUAUUUGAAUGCUCCAUACUAAAAACGCUGUUGCUAUACCUUGUGAUUCGUGGCAAGCUUUUGCUUAGUGACAUUAAGAGACGCAACAAUACAAUGUUCUACAUUGUUCUCAUUCCAGAGAUGGUGGUCGCUAUGCAAAAGCUUGCCCUGAAUCACAAGGAAUAGCAACAGUGUCAUUAGUCUGAGAAAUUCAGAUUGCUACAUUUAUGUGCAGUCAGAUAACUCAGUGUACCAGAUUUUAUUAAGGGAAUAAAUGUGCGCUUGGCCGGUCUUAAAUGU